ACAAAAGCCCUUGUCAAACACUGUCUCUACUCUCAUAUUAGAUACGAUUUUCCUCCUUUUUGUACGCAGCUACUUGGCAAUUGGUUUCCCCAUAAAGCUGCCCUUGAUAGAACUUUUGUCACAAUAUAUAGCUCAUAUCCAAUGUCAAUUAUAACUGCAAGUACUUCUAUGUUUGCUUCUAAUGUCCCAUUUUUUUUCCUCCUCCACUUUUUCUUACCCCUCAUCACUAUUAUUAUCAUCGAUCACUAUUAUAAACUAGUUUUGCAUUGUUAAUACAAUGGCCAUAGAGUGCAUGACAAAUAUACAAUCCAUGCCUCAACCACAAAAGCAGAACAAACACACAGAAGAUGAAGCACCAUUGGUUUUUGAUGCCUCACUUUUGAGUCACGAACUCCACCUACCAAAGCAAUUCAUUUGGCCUGAUGAGGAGAAGCCAUGCUUGAAUGUGCCUGAGCUUGUUAUGCCCCUAAUUGACUUAAGGGGGUUCCUCUCUAGUGACCCUAUUGCAACAAUCGAGGCUGCAAGGUUGGUUGGUGAGGCAUGUCAAAAGCAUGGUUUCUUCCUUGUGGUGAACCAUGGAAUUGAUGCCAACUUGAUCUCCCAUGCUCAUGGCUACAUGGAUGACUUUUUUGAGCUUCCCCUAUCUCAGAAACAGAGGGCUCAGAGGAAAACAGGAGAACACUAUGGCUAUGCUAGUAGCUUCACUAGCAGAUUCUCUUCCAAGCUUCCAUGGAAAGAGACACUCUCUUUUCAAUUCUCAGCUGAGGAUAACUCAUCCACUCUUGUGAAAGACUACUUGUGCAACACAUUGGGCAAAGAGUUUGAGCAGUUUGGGAAGGUGUACCAAGACUAUUGUGAUGCCAUGAGUAACCUUUCUUUGGGGAUAAUGGAGCUUUUGGGAAUGAACCUUGGAGUAGGCAAAGAAUAUUUUAGGGAAUUAUUUGAAGAGAAUAACUCAAUAAUGAGACUCAAUUACUACCCUCCUUGUCAAAAACCAGACCUCACUUUGGGCACAGGACCUCAUUGUGACCCAACAUCUUUGACCAUUCUUCACCAGGAUCAAGUGGGUGGCUUCCAAGUUUUUGUUGACAAUGAGUGGCAUUCCAUUAGCCCAAAUUCUAAUGCUUUUGUUGUCAACAUUGGUGACACUUUCAUGGCUCUAUCAAAUGGGAGGUACAAGAGUUGUUUGCAUAGGGCAGUGGUGAACAGCAAGACAACAAGAAAAUCUCUUGCUUUCUUUUUGUGUCCAAAGGGUGAUAAGGUGGUUAGUCCACCAAGUGAAUUGGUGGAUGAAUUGACGCCAAGGGUGUACCCAGAUUUUACAUGGCCUAUGUUUCUAGAGUUCACUCAGAAACAUUACAGAGCUGACAUGAAAACUCUCGAGGCAUUCACUAACUGGCUUCAACAGAAAAGAAGCUGAGAUUUCAAGCACAUGGAUAUGAAUCACAUAUUAUGUAUUAGCCUUUGAUAUAAAUAGUAACAAGUCUUUGAUAUAAAUAGUAACAAGUCUCAAGUCGAAGUGUAUUGAUGGCAGAAAGCACUUAAAGGGCUGCAAAAAAAAAUGACACUGAGAUUGAAAAUUCACAUUUUCUUCAUAAUUUGAGUGUUGCAAGCUUGUGACUAGUAAUGAACAAAACAAGGGAGAUAAAAUAUUUAUAAGGAAUUAGUAAGAAAAUUUGCUAGCUAAUUUUGUAAUUUUUCUUUGGUGAUAUAGAAAAGUUAUUAUUAAAUUUGUAAUACUUUAUAUUUUUUGUUUUACGUGCAUAACAACAUAUGAUAUGUGGUAAAUCCAAGUAAAUCUUCUUCAAGCUAUUGGAGCCACUAAGAAGAUACCCA